UUUCGACGCAUGUUAUUUUCUUUUAAAGGAAGAGAUUGAAAUUGAGUGGAGUCAGACCUUUUCUGUAGCAAGAAUUCACAAGAGCCUGUAUUCAGAUUGAGUGCCACCCUCCACUUAUAUCGCUGUUUUGACAGUUUCUGGAGUUGACAUCAUUUAAGGAACUCAAUUCAGCAGAGGUCACCCGAUUCUGUCGAGCCACGCUUGGAGUGCUGAAGAUCCAGGAAACAACAGAUUGACACGCUCCAGGCCACAUCUGUUAUGUCAGGGUUUUUGACAGCAGGCCAGUACUAGUGACUAUCACCUCGAGGAGGAAAUAUGGAGGCUGAUGUUGUCGAGAAUCCCAAAGAGGAAGACACUGUGAACACUGAAUUCUUCCAAGGAGAUAAACCGAAGGUCAUUCAGCCAACAUCUUUAAAAGAUCCCGUGCUAGAAAAGUUGAAGCAGACCUUGGUUAAUUGGAUCAAUCGCACUCUGAAAACAGAGCACAUAGUGGUGCAGAGUCUGGAAGAGGAUCUGUUCGAUGGGCUGGUGCUUCAUCACCUGCUGACCAGGUUGGCCGACAUGCAAUUGACUGUGGAGGAAAUAGCAGUGACCACCAAGGCUCAGAUCCGCAAACUGGAAAUAAUCCUGCCAGUGUUGGACAAGAGACUGGGCCUGCAGAACAGUCAGAUCAAGUGGAACGUCAAGCUCAUCCACAACAAAGACCUUCUGGCCACUAUUCAUCUGCUGGUUGCCAUGGUGAGAUGUUUCGAGCCUGGACUGGAUUUGCCGGCAGGCGUGAAGGUUAAAGUUGUGAUUGUGGAAGUCACCAAAGACGGAAUGAAAUCAGAAGAACAGACAGAAGUGCUGACAGAGGAAAGUAACGCGGGCUCAGACUCCCACAGCAAUACUGAAGGGGAAGAUCCCAUCGAGAAACUGCUGAAGCUCGAGGCUCACAAGGUCAACACGGUGAAGAAGGCCAUUGUACAUUUUGUCAACCAGCAAAUGUCGACUCUGGGUCUGCAGGUGACUGAUAUGGACAGCCAGUUUGCCGAUGGUGUGAUUCUGCUGCUGCUGAUUGGACAGCUGGAAGGCUUCUUCGUUCCACUUUGUGACUUCUACCUGACCCCUGUCAAUCAAUCUGAGAUGCUUCAUAAUGUGACCCUGGCCUUGGACCUUCUUAAUGAUAUAGGCGUGCUGUUGUCCAGUGUUGACCCACAAGAUAUUGUCUCUCAGGACAUCACUGCCACCUUUAAGAUCCUGUACUCCUUGUUCAAGAAGCACAAAGGGAGAGGGGAGAGAGGACAGACACAAGAAGAGGAGAUCAGCAACAGGAAAUAAAAGUAAAGCUGAAGAUAACUGGAGUAUUUGGCCAGCCUCUGAUGCUCUUUGUCUCUAAACCUUCGCAAAUGCUGUAUAUCUAAUUAAAUGUUGACUGAAGUGGCAUUAAAGAAAAUAUGAUUCAAUAGCUUUAACUGCUCACUGAAAAGCAACAUUUUUUUAAAAUGUAUUUAAAAGUAAUUGUUGAAGCUAUUAUCUAAUGACAUUGUAGACAGUACAAAGGUAAUGAAAUGUUAAAGGUUAGCACAGAUAAUAUGCUCUUUUAUGUUUUUAUCUUUUUAGACUCACUUUCAGUCAAAUAAACCUGGUGUGGAUGUCACGGUACCCUAUUAUUUCCUUGUAUUUAAAGUUUUUUUUCCUCUAUUUUGUCUCACUAUGCAUCAUUUCUGCCAGACACAGCUACAAAAUGGUACUUUAUAUUUUUACCAUAGCACAACUGUCCUUGACUUCCUUCUCACUAAACAAUGUGUAUCUCCUUCUCUGCCUCCUUCAUGUGUUCCUCAUGACAGUCUGUGACCUCCUCUGCAAUUGUAAUUUCUCAAAAAAAAUGUGGAAUUGUUUUCUUUGCCACUGAAUUGUUGACAACUCAAUGUCACACAAAUGUAGAUGUGGUGCAUCGAUGGAGGGAAACACAGAGAAUGAGCGACAGAAAAUAGCUGUGGUACUAUCAAAGCAUUUUUUGCAAAUUGUGUUCAAUUAAAAAGUAGUGUAGAACUAGAAAAAUUCACAUAAUUGUCCUCAGUGUUGCAACGUUACACAUGAAGUGCAAUUGCUUUGUUUAAAAUAAAUGUAUGCAAACAGUUAGUUAUUUGUUAGUUGACAGUCAUUGUAUUCAGCAACUUAAUUGUUUCUUAGUGUUAAAUUAUCAUCUUACCCCUGCUUCUGUUUACUCUUGUUGUUACAGUUUGUAUAAUAGAAAAUUGCAUAGUGUGUUUCUUUAGUUUUGUCUUAAAGCUAAAGCACUACACAGUAACAGUUACACUUGUUAUUCCCUCCAGUUUGCUUGCAGUGUUUGUUGACAUUCAGGGCAGCCAAUUUAUUCGUUUGCAUCAAAAAAAUACAAAUGGGUUCUCCUCAUCCAGGAUUAUUUACUGCACGAGAUUCCAAUUUACUGCCCUUGAACUCUUCGUCCUAAGUGAUUGUAAACUAGAUCCGCUUGCAGAAAAUUCAAUUACAGAUUAUUUUAUGAAAGGCAAAAACCACUGUGGACCUGUGCAAAAACCUUGGAGGAACAUGCAGUUUCAAUAAAAUGCAUUUUCAAGCCUACAGUACUUGGCAUCCUCGAUGCUUGUUUGUAGUAUAACUUCCUCCACCUCCAGCCUCUUCCUAUAUUCACAUUUAGUUGUAUGUAAGCAAGGUUCUGUAAAUAUGGGGGUAGUUUGUGCUCAGGGACAGUCUGCAUCAAGCUUGCUUCGAUAUAUUUCAGAGAAUCUUAUGAGCAGAGCCAAAAUGGAAUAUUAAAAUAAAUGGUUAAAACCUAGUCCUGACUG